UAUAAAAUGGCGUCAGCCGAGUUUUUAGAGCAAGCUUUGUCUAUAGACGUUGAUGAGAAUGCAGUAAACGCGAUCGUGGGUUCGCUUGAAAAUCAUUUAGUGACGUCCGUUUCGUCAAUAUCAUCACAGAACAAUUUAGUAAAUGUUAUUCCUAAUCAUCUUAAUAUUACUUCAAGUGCAAAUACCAUUAAUGGACAAAAAUAUAACCAGGACCAAAGUGAUGGUGAUAUAGGUUGUGUAAAUUUUCAACCAUCCCUCGUUUCUUGUGCAUCAUUUAGUGUUCCAACUUCAUUUGUAUCACAAUCAAACGUAUCACAAAGUGUUUCAAAUAAUGGUGAACCUCUAAAAGUUAUUAGUACGCAAGUACAAGGUUUGGCUGUGUCAGAUAGUAAUACACCGUAUUCAAUUCGGUCUCUUUCGAACAAUUGCGUUAAUUUAUCUUCGUCUCAGGCACAGAUAUCACAUUUAAUACAGGGAAGUAGUGUAGUAUCUCAAUCUGGGAACAAAACGAUUAGUAUGCAACCUCCUUUGGUUUUAAAACAGGGUACAACUUCUGGUCAAGUUGGCAUGCAACCUAAUAUGGUCACAGUGCCUAUGACAGUGAAUUCUAGCAUGCCUGGUUCUAUACCAAAUGUUAUGACUAUUAAUAAGCCAGGAGGGCAAAACGUAGUAGUAACAACACAGAAUUUGGGUACAGCACAACCUGCUAUAUUGCCCAAUGUGCAGAUAUUGAAUAUGCGACCGGGCGCUCCAGCUGUUGCGUCACAGAAGUCUGUAGCUACAGUAUCUCCGCGAGUUGUUAUUGGGACUCCACAGGUGGUGGGAACUAGAGCAGCUGCUCCUGGAAUAACGCUGCAAACACUUCAAAGUCUACAACAGGGGCAACAGGGUCAUUUGUUGUUAAAGACUGAGAAUGGUCAAUACCAGCUGUUGAGGGUCGGCCCCGCGCCCGCGGCCAGCACUCUCACGGCGCCUCAGCCGCAGACGCUCCGGCUGUCGACUGUGCCGGCACAUCCAGGCGUAGCGACGCUGUCGACCAGUGUCGCUUCACCCAGUCAGAUGGCAAACCAGAUGCCAGGUCAGAUGCCGGGCGGGCCGGUCGCCACGCCGGUACAGCUCCCCACGGUGACGACCAUCCCGACUCCCUCACCCCAGCCCCAACAACCCACUGUGACGACGCAGAAACCUCUAGACAACACGAAGGAGAAAUGCAGGAAUUUUCUUGCCAAUCUGCUAGAUCUGUCCAGCAAAGAGCCAAAGUCUGUCGAGCGGAAUGUGAGGAACCUAAUCCAAGAACUGAUAGACGCCCAGGUGGAGCCUGAAGAGUUUUGUGAUAGGCUCGAACGUUUGCUCAAUGCGAGCCCACAACCCUGUUUAAUAGGAUUCCUUAAGAAAAGCUUACCGCUACUAAGGCAAUCCUUGGUUAUAAAAGAACUGGUGAUCGAAGGAAUAAACCCCCCUUCACCCCAUGUCGCUUUCUCAACUCUUUCCGGGCCCGCGCCGCAGCCGGUUCUCGCUUCCUCUAACAUUCCAAUGCAAAAGCCGCCACCAAAAGCGGGCAGCACGAUAGCAGUUCUGCAGAACAUUCCCGUUCAUACCAAGCUGAAUGUAACCAAGGUCGGUAAGACUAUGCCGGUGAACAGCAAGUCUGGCUUCACAAGAUCGACGUCAACUUCAUCGGCCCUGUCGGCGGUAUUGACGGCCGGAAAGUCCCUCCUCAAAGACAAGGAGAAGAAAGCGACGAUGCAAUUCACUCAACCAUUCGUUGACGAUAAGAUGGCAGGUGAUGACGAUAUCAACGAUGUCGCCGCUAUGGGUGGCGUUAAUUUGGCUGAGGAAACGCAACGGAUCCUGGGAUCUACCGAUAUGAUUGGUACACAAAUCAGAUCAUGUAAGGACGAGUACCUGGUCCCGCUGUCUCUGAUGCAGUCUCGAUUAAAGGCGGUCGCAGCCAAGCACGGACUCGAGGAGCCCUCACCAGAAGUGGCAGGAAUCUGUUGCCACGCAGUUCACGAACGACUAAAGAACCUCAUAGAGAAGUUGGCUGUGAUCGCUCAGCAUAGGAUCGACACGAUAACCAAGCAGUCGGAUUUGAGGUAUGAAACAACUCAAGACGUUAAGGGACAGCUCAAGUUCCUUGAAGAGUUGGAUAGAGUGGACAAGAAGCGCAGAGAAGACUCUGAAAGGGAGAUGCUACUCAGGGCUGCAAAGUCUCGCUCUAAGAAUGAGGACCCUGAACAGGCAAAAUUGAAAGCUAAGGCUAAAGAGAUGCAGCGAGCCGAGCUAGAAGAGUUACGACAGCGUGAGGCAAACUUGACGGCCUUACAAGCAAUCGGGCCUCGCAAGAAGCCACGUCUCGAUGGACCUGGUGGUUCCGGAGAUAGCGCUCUUGGUGCUUCUAGCCAUGGAUCUGGUGGAAUUUCUGGACGGAGUCAGCUGGCCCUGAGAACACGUCUCAAGCGUAUUAAUCUUAGGGAUAUGAUCUUCCUCCUCGAGCAACAGAAUGAAACGUCCCGCUCACAAAUGCUGUAUCGUAGCUAUUUAAAAUAGUUUCGGUCACGACGUGAAAAUUAUUAGCAUUAUUGAUUUUACCUUAAACUGUUAAAAUGACUAUGAUUACUGUGCAUUAUGUUGGACUGAGUUAAAAUAAAAAAUAACGCCACUUUUCUGUAAAUUAAAAAAAAAUAAUCUAUCCUCUUCAUUGUCUAGUGAAAGAUUUAGAGUAUGUAAUAUGUUCGAAACUAAACUAUCUUAAGAAAUAAAGAAGUAAGUACAUAUAGCUAACUACAUAUUUGUAGACCAUAAAUCACACUAGAAGGCGACACCGAUUAUAUGGUGAAAAUAUAUUUUUUUUUAUAUACCAAGACAUGACGGUUACUUCUGAAACUGGAUAAAAUAUCUGUUUGUCAGAAUUACAAGACGAAAUUAGUAAGUUAUAGGUGGUUGUUACACCCUGUUAUUGCAACAGGUUUAUCCCUAGUUAAUCCAUAAAGAUUAAAUAACUCUUGAUUUAUAUUAACACAUCUAGCAUGGUAGAUUAAAUUUGAAAAUUCUUAAUUUUAUUAAAAAUAUACAUCAUGCUAA